ACCGUCGUUCUACAAAACAAUUGAACAAAAUUUUGAUUAUAAUAUAGAUAGAAUUUGUUAAUUCAGUCUUAUCUCUAGCGUUGUUGCAUCAUUUUGUUUCAAAUAAUAUUUACAAAAUUAAUUAGAAAAUAUGGUACAGCCGAAUUAUCCUGGUUUUAGUUCAAAAACUUUAAAGAGUGUGCAUGUAAACAAAAAUAGUGUACAUUCCCAUGUAGACUUCAUACUAAAGAAUAACAUUGUAUCUAGUCCUAAAAACUACAAAGUCUGGUUAUUGCGAGCUCUUUCUAUGAUUGAUUUAACAACUCUUUCUGGAGACGACACCAAAUCAAAUGUCACUCGACUGUGUGUAAAGGCUGCAUAUCCUUUGAGUUCGGAAGAUCUCAAGCAAGUGAAGGAUUUUGUGGAUAUUGAUAAGAACAUUCAUACAGCAGCUGUGUGUGUGUACCCCAGUCGAGUGAAGGAUGCAGCAGAAGUGAUAAAUAGAAUGGGCUUAGCCAACGAAAUACAGGUGGCUUCAGUGGCCACAGCAUUCCCAGCAGGUCUUUGCCCUCUUUAUACACGUGUUCAAGAAAUUAAAUCAGCCAUAGCAGAUGGCGCAACAGAAAUUGAUGUGGUUUUGGAUCGCAGUCUCGUUUUGAGUGGCCAGUGGGAUGCAGUGUACGAGGAAGUCAAAGAAAUGCGACUAGCUUGUAAAGGGGCUCAUCUUAAGGUUAUUCUCGGCGUCGGUGAAUUGGGGUCUUAUGAAAACGUCUACAAAGCAUCUAUGGUGUCAAUGUAUGCUGGGGCAGAUUUCAUAAAAACCUCCACGGGAAAAGAAUCUGUCAACGCAACACUGCCAGUGGGAUUGGUCAUGUGUAGAGCUAUUCGUAAUUUCUAUCUGCUGACUGGAAAAAAGGUGGGGCUUAAGCCUGCAGGUGGCAUUAAGACUGCCCGAGACGCCGUAAACUGGCUGGUCAUGGUGUAUACUGAAUUAGGGAAGGAGUGGAUGACUCCUCAGCUAUUCCGCAUCGGUGCUUCAAGUCUGCUCGACGUCAUUAUAGAAGAAUUGUAUGAAUAGGUAAACUGUUUCACUAUUUUGUAAUUGUCACAAAAUAUUUUUGAUACUGCCAAUUUAUUAUGAGAUAUUUUUACUGCGGAUAAAAGCAUGACAUUAUUAUAUAAUUAUUAUCACUGAUUACAGGAAACUUUUAGUGCCAUAAUAUGAUAUUAUAAUUGAUAUAAAUGUUCUAAACAUGCUUUAAUAUCUA